CUUAUCGACAUGAAGUAGUAUCCGCAGGCAUGGGGUAUGUUGCUCGGCGUGGUGUAAGUGAAGUUCAUCCAUAAGCAGACUCCAUCACCUCCUCCCAAACUGCACAGCUCAUUGCGAGGCAUCAUCACUUCCUAUAAGGCAUCCUGGCCCUACUAUCAUCACACUCCCCGGAAUCCCUCAACAUGACGCUCGUGAAAACGGGGAUCGAGUCCUUGGUUGAGCAUAGAUGGCCGCUUCUCCUCUGUGCCAUUGUGCUUUACUCGGCGCGUACGCUCCUGAGGCUUUACAGACUCCGCAAGUUCCGGGGUCCAUGGGCAACGGCUUUCUCCUCCAUCCCCCAUCGGAUUGCAACGUACAAAGGCGAAUCCCACAGCUGGUAUCGGGAGGUUAGCGAGCAGUACGGCCCCAUCGCCCGGGUCGGACCAACAUCCCUCAUCACAUCCGACCCGGACGUGUGGAUGCACAUCAACACCAAGUUGGGAUACAAAAGAUCGGACUGGUACUUCAAGGCCAACCGCAUGGAACACAAUCGCGACAACGUCUUCACCCAGACCAACACCAAGCUGCACGACGAGCGGCGGAAGCAGAUCGCUCCAGGCUACUCCGGCCGCGAGAACCUGGAGCUAGAAUCCUCCAUCGACACGUACGUCCUCGAAUUUCUCCGACUGCUCCGCACCAAAUACCUCUCCACCCCUUCCCCUUCCUCUUCCUCCUCCUCCCGAAUCAUCCCAGUCGACAUCGCCAAAAAGAUCCCCUUCUUCACGCUCGACGUGAUCAGCGCCGUCUCCUUCGGCCGCGCCUUCGGCAUGCUCCGCGCCGACGCCGACAUCGACCACUACGCGCGCGACAGCGAGCAGGGCCUGCGGCUGGGCAACACCCUGAUGGCGCUCGGCCUGAGCGGGCUGGUGAAGGGGUCGUCGGUGCUGGGCCGGUGGUGGCUGGGCCCCAAGCCGACGGACAAAUCCGGCUUUGGCGCCAUGCAGGGCGCGUGUUUUCGCUAUGUGGACGACCGCGUCCGGAAUGCCAGGGAGGGUAAGGAUAAACGAAGAGAUAUGCUGGCUAGCUUUAUCCGCCAUGGCUUGGAGGGGGAUGAGUUGCGCAGUGAGGUGCUGCUGCAGCUGAUUGCGGGCUCGGAUACCACGGCGGGCGCGCUACGGGGGAUUUUGCUGUAUGUCAUGGCGCACAAGAGGGUGUAUGUGAGGUUGCAGGAAGAGAUUGAUGCCGCGGUCCGGGAGGGGAAGGUGGUGUUGGAUGGGAGCGGGGAGGACGACGGGGUGAUUUCGUUCGCGGCGGCCAAGCAGUUGCCGUACCUGCAGGCUGUCAUCAGGGAGGGCCUGAGGGUGUGGCCGCCCGUGCGCAAUAUCCUGCCCAAGGAUGUGCCCCCGGGCGGGGAUACCGUCAUGGUGAAGGGCAAGCCGGUGUCUCUGCCCGGUGGUGUCGAUAUUGGCGUCUCGGCACUGGCCAUGCAUCGCGAUAAGGCGCUGUAUGGCGAGGACGUGGAUAUGUUCCGUCCUGAACGGUGGUUUGAGCCGGAUCCGGAGAGGCUGGCCGACAUGACGAGAGUCAACAACCUGACCUUUGGCCAUGGAAGAUGGGAGUGCCUGGGCAAGAAUGUGGCACAGAUGGAAAUCAACAAGAUCCUCUUCGAGCUGUUCCGGCACUUUGACCUGGCCAUUGCGAACCCACCCAAGCCCUGGGAUAUUAUGAACACCAUGGGUAUCUUCAUGACCAACGACAUGCUGGUGCAGGUGACUGCCCGCUAGGGGGGCUUUCAGGGGUUUCAACGCAGACAAACAUCGCUGGCACCAGGGCUUGGUCCAUUUGCUUUCCCGUUUUCGGCCGCAUUCGGUUGAACUCCUUACAGUUCUUUGGAAGCCCAAAUUGCCAAAUAUCAGUAGCUGAUCUCUAAUACUAUCAUGUGGUGAGCUCAAACCUGACUUCAACUCCACCGCCUGCCGUAUCUAGC